AUGCCUAAAAACCAACAAAAUCCUUCUCUCGACUUUCUACCUACAGAUUUAUUAUUGAAAAUAUUUGGAAAGGUCGCCUUUAAUUCCAUAGAAGAUAUUUCCAACAACAAACUAACCUGCAAAGAGUUUCUUCGUCUUACUGAACAGGAUUAUGUGUAUCAAAAUUCAUCAUUGGACAAGUUUGUGUUGGAACCUCUGCAAUGGAUUAAUAGAGAAAGACCAUUUCGUCAUUAUGUAGAGGUUAGUUGUCCAAAUGAAGACGCAUCAUUGAAGGCGAGAAAGGUAUUCGAGUGGAAAUUGUCGCCAGAGGAACAGUUCAACAAUGAACGUCAAGCAUAUUUUUUGAAGCAUUGCAAAGAAAGUAGCAACCCUGAAAUCAUGUGGCGCGAAGGAAUGCUUGAAUAUUUCAUAGAAACAUCAACUUCAAAUGCAAUAGCCCUGGCUUUUGAAAACUUUAAAACUGCUGCUCUGAAUGGUCAUGAUGAUGCCAUGUAUGUGUAUAGCAUGCUUAUGAUGUGCGCAGAAGAUGAAGAGCAAAGAACCCUUGGAUUUGAUCAAUUUCGUUCGCUGGAUGCUUCUGGAAAAUUAAACCAUGCAGAAACCGUGUAA